CGUUUCUCUGUUAAGUCAGUCAAUCCUUACGGAACAGAGAGCAAUGUGACCUUCCGAACGGUCACGAGUUCGAACUCGAUAAGCGACAAUUAUAGCUUGAAUUUGAUAAUAGCAGAAAUAGAAUCCUCCAAAACCUGCAACCGAAUAGAGAAAUAAUGGAGAACAAUGAAGGCUUGCAUUUGGAGGGCGCACGGCGGCCCAGAAGCGUGUCUACGAGAAGACCUCGAUCAGAGUCCCACACUUUCCCCAACAAUAAUAACGCCGCCAACGCUGUUCCUGCAAAUUCUUCUCAGCUCAAACCGCAAAAUAAUUCAUCAUCGUCUUCAAAAUCUUCCAAGCGCCGUCACAGGCUUAUUCUUCCGGAAAAUUCAGAUGAUGAAGAUGAUUUUCCGCCAAAGAUGGAAAGGCCCUUACAAAUAUCACCUAAGGUUUUACCCACUAUUAAAAUUCCUGCUAUUGCCAUGCUUUCUGAUUUUAAAUCAAAAGAUGAUCAUCGACGGAAAGUUCUGGAUGAAGGCAUGGCUACCAGAAGGAUGGAGAUACAUAGUGAUGAUCCAUCCCUACAGCCACUACGAAAAAGCUCGAGGGUUCCAAAGAAAUAUGUCCCCGAAGAUGAGUAUCUUGAGGUUGAUGAAGAUUAUGAAGCAUCACAUGCUAAGAAGAGGAAGUCAAAAUCUGAGAAGGGACUAGAAGAACUGUACCAGGAAGAUGAUGAUAAAGCACAUCUAUCAACUGGGGAGGAUUCAGAAAAUUCAGAGUCUGAGUUUGAAGAAGUAAAGAGGAGGAAAGGAGAUAUUGCAACUUCUCUAGUUGAGACAAAAAAAGAUGUUCCUUUGACUGCACGUCAGAAGGCUGUUCAAAUGUCCAAAGCAGCUGAUGCAGAAGUAGGAGAAUGCCUGAUUGAAUUUCCAGAUGGGCUUCCUCAAACUAGUCAGAGGAAACGUCAAGAAAAGAUUCCAGACUUUGAAUUGCAGUUAAAGAAAGCAGAUGCAGCACGGAGGCGGAGGAUACAAGCCGAAAAGGCAGCUCAAGAGAUUCAGGCUGAUGCAAUAAAGAGAAUAUUAGGCCAAGACUCUUAUAAGCAAAAACGAGAGGAGAAGCUUCGAAGACAAAGGGAUGAAAUGCAACAGGAGAAGAGAGCUGCUGCAAAUACAAUUUCUUCAAAGAGUGUGAGAUGGGUCAGUGGGCCAUUGGGAACAGUUGUUUCUUUUUCUGAAGAUUCAGAUUUUCUUGGUAUUUUCAAUUCUGCUCCAUACGGGUAUCCUCCUGCUCGCGAGAAAUGUGCAGGGCCAUCAUGUAACAAUGCAUACAAAUACAGAGAUUCAAAGUCUAAUCUUCCUCUCUGUAGUCUUCUUUGUUACAGGGCAGUUCAUAAUAUGGCAGAGCCUCUCCCAUCUCAUUAGUGUUAUGGACUUCAGAUACUUUUCUUUGCCUUGUUUCUUUCUCGAAUUACUUGGAUUGCAGGAGGUGAAUGUGAUACCACUUUGUUGUUGAUUUAUGCCUAAAAUACUCACUCAAAGAGGUUCACUAUGAAUGUUAGACUAGAAAAUGGUAUGCAUUAAAAUUAUUUGUACAAAAUAAUGCUACUCAAUAACAUCUCAUUGCAAGACUGCAGUUGAUCAAUGAUUCUAUUGUAAUUUUAUGUAAUUUGAUUAAUUAUGACGACACUUGUUUUCAUAACAUCUUACUGCAAGACUGCAGUUGAUCAAUGAUUCUAUUGUAAUUUUAUGUAAUCUGAUCAAUUAUGAUAGCACUUGUUUUCAUCCAA